AGCAGAUGUUAUUGCGGGUGUAGCGAAAUGCAUUUGAUAUAGACAGUAGGAUGUCUUGAGAAAUGUUCAUAGCCCUAGAACCGUGUAAUAAUAUCCUGUCCUAUCAGACCAAGAGAAUGUAGGUGCAUGCAGCCUCUUGGGGAGAGGCUUUUCGAUAUCCGUUGGUAAAUUCCUCUGUUUACCUCCCAAUGUCUGACUAAGUGCUUUCUGUCUCUCUUCUCAAACCAUAAUUAGGUGUGCUUGCUGAAAGCCAAGCACAACUUUAGAAAUGUUUCAUAUGUAUUAUUAAUGUGCUUACUUAAGGCAAGACCAUUCAAGAUCUCUUAUAUACUCAUUAGUGUGCUUGCUGAAGGCAAGACCACACAAGAUUUCUUACAUGGUUGUAUUAUUAAUGUGCUUGCUGAAUGCAAGACAACUCUAGAGUUCUUACAUAGUCUUAUUAUUAUUAUUAUUUGAUUUAUUUAGCCUGCUCUAGAGCGUAAACAAUUUUAGCUAUGAAUAUGAAACCAACUUUAAAACGUACAGACGGCCCCAACUUAGAUUAAAAUUAUAUAUAUAAUUGAUAGCAUUUCAACUUUUUGAACAACAAUCUUUUUUAUGAUCUCCAAUGUAUUUCAAUGGCAAUAAAGGGAGUCAUACAGUGCAUUUACACUAGGAAGCGGCAUCGAGCAGUGAAACAUCGGAAGCCAUUCACUUCAAUGGAAGGAAAGCGAGAGAAGCGGAAUGGGCGGGGGGACCAUUGAGUGAUGCGAGCAUGAGUGAGGGAGCUGAACAGGGUGGGAAUAAAGUUGGGGAAAGCUGAACUUUAUUCAAAUCCUCCGCAAUAUUGUGACGCGAGUGACCGAUCGAAGCUCACGAUAGCUUCCAACCCCUACUGGAUUUGCUGACAAUGGCUGUUAAAUAGAAGCACUACCUAGCUUGCUUGCUAGCUUGUUAGCACCCACAUGAAGGCGACGCAAGCGUGGCUAGGUACCCCCAGUGAAGGCUGACAGUGUGGCCACUGUCCAUGUUAGCAUCAAGGGGAGGAAGGAGGAGAUGAGCAAAAACACCAAGAUCCUUAUCAAGGCCAAAAGUUUCCUCACCAUUUUCCAGACGGACAAACCAGUCUACAAACCUGGACAGACAGUAUCAAACAGUGGAACUUCAGGACCCCAACUCCAAUCGCAUUGCUCAGUGGUUGAACCAGUCAACAGUGAGUGGAAUUCUGCACCUGUCACACCCCAUGUCCGCAGAGGCAACACAAGGAAGUUACAUCAUCACUGCAUGGAAUGAGAAGGGAGAACAAACCUCCCAAAACUUUGACAUCAAAGAAUAUGUGUUGCCCAAGUAUGAGGUGAAAGUCCAUUUUCCCCAAACAAUAACUAUUCUGGACAAGCAAGCAACACUGAGAGUUUAUGGAAAAUACACUUAUGGAAAACCAGUGAUGGGGUCUGUCACGGUGAAAGUUUGCAGAAAUGCCAUUCGAUAUCAAUGGUUUUAUGGUUCUAUUAAUAUCUGCGAGUUGUAUCUUAUGAAAACCGACAAAACUGGUUGUGCAACCAAAAUAAUCGAUUUGACCCGGUUCGGUCGAAAUCAAUAUUUUGGGGACUUCGAAGUGGAGGCUGAGAUGGAGGAAUACGGAACGGGUGUCAUCCUUAAAGGUAGUGGAAAGGCAAGCUUCACCAAUGUCAUCAUAACUGUUAGUUUUGAGGACGUGCCCCAAGCAUAUAAACCAGGGAUUGCAUACGAGGGGAAGAUCAAAGUGACUGGUCCAGACUCUACUCCUGUUCCCAAUGAGCCUGUGUAUCUCUUCCUACAAAACAAUGGCAAAUCUGAGAACUGGAAUCUCACCACAGACAGCAAGGGCAUUGCUUCUUUCUCUCUAGACACUUCUCUAUGGAGUUCUGAGUCUGUGUCUCUGUCGGCUCGCUAUCAAAAGGUUGAGGAGGAUUAUCCGUACGAGCAGGGUCUGCGUAGACCAGUAUAUACAUCCGCUUACCAUUUGGCAAGGAAAUUCUAUUCCAGGAGCAAGAGCUUUGUGAAGAUAAUGCAGGGCGAAGGGAAGUUCUCCUGUGAGAAAAACGGUAUUGUUUUUGCUCGCUACAUCAUCCAAGGGGUGGAGCUGAUAAAGGGACAGAAGACCCUGGACUUUUUCUAUCUGGUUAUAUCUAGAGGCAGCAUUCAGCAGCAUGGCCGUCUUCCUGUGACCAUUAACGACGGAAAAGUAAACCAAGGGGAGCUGACGCUCUCGCUGCAGCGGAUGCCUGAGCUGACCCCUUUUGCCCAGGUGGUGGUGUACACCAUGCUGCCUGGUGGGGAGGUAGUAGCAGACAGCCAAGACUUCCCCAUUCACCUCUGCCUGAAAAACAAGGUGUCCCUGAAGUUCUCAUCCCUCCAGGAGUUGCCAGGGGAGAAGACCUCUCUGAGCCUCCAGGCCCACCCAGGGUCUCUGUGUUCUGUCAGGGCCAUCGACCAGAGUGUGCUGCUGCUGCAGCCUGAACAGGAGCUCAGCCUAGACUCUGUCUUUAGUCAGCUGCCUGUUCAGAAGUUGUCUGGAUAUUCAUACAGAGUAGAAGACUCCUACCCAUGCCUACCAUAUCCUCCAAUCAUUAAAAAGGAGAUGGAGGUGCCCCCUCCACCUGUACCUAAACUGGCCGAGGAGUUGGAAGCACCACCCGUACCUGAUAGGAAAAAACGCUCAUUCUGGUUUGGCCCCAACAACGACAAAAACGACGUUUACAACAUCUUUAAAGUAAGAGGCUCAAAUAAGUUUGCUGUUUUUGUCUGUUUGGGAUAUGGAAAAUGUAUGUAUAUAUAUACUUAAUAUUUA